CGCGCGGCUGGCUUUGGCGGCGAGCGGGUGAGCGGGCGGGCAGCUCCAGACUUCACAGGCGGCGGCGGGCGCGGCGGUCUUGCCCAGCGCGAGACCGGCGCUGUGCUCGCCCGGGAGAUCGCUGCUCUCCAGCCGGGCGCCGACCGCCGCUUUGAGGCUCGCGGGGGGAUUGGAAGGGCGUGGUCCCGGUCGGGGGCUUUCUCCCGGCCGCCGCCUGCCUCGUCCCGCCUCGAGGCGCCUCCGGGGAAAGCCACGGCCCCGAGGGCGGAUCCGAGGUUAUUUUUAACACUGCUCUCAUUGGACUGAAGUAGAAGCAUAAGAAUUGGAGCAUAUUUUCAUUUUUAAGAACCCAGGACUGAAAACCACAAUGAAUGGUCAUAUUUCUAAUCAUCCCAGUGGUUUUGGAAUGUAUCAAGCUCAAAUGAAUGGCUAUGGAACAUCACCCACCUUUUCCCAAAUGGACAGAGAGCACAGUUCAAAAACAAGUGCAAAGGCCCUUUAUGGAACAGAUGGAUCAUACUUCUUCAGGUCAUCAUCCAAACAAAAGAAGAAAGAACAAAGGAAGAAUUAUGCUCGGGACAGUGUCAGCAGUGUGUCCGAUAUAUCCCAAUAUCGUGUCGAACACUUGACUACCUUUGUUCUGGAUCGGAAAGAUGCUAUGAUAACUGUUGAUGAUGGAAUAAGGAAGCUGAAAUUGCUCGAUGCCAAGGGCAAAGUGUGGACCCAGGAUAUGAUUCUUCAAGUGGACGACAGAGCUGUGAGCCUGAUUGAUUUGGAAUCAAAGAAUGAACUAGAGAAUUUUCCUUUAAGCACAAUCCAGCACUGCCAAGCUGUGAUGCAUUCCUGUAACUAUGAUUCAAUUCUUGCCCUGGUGUGCAAAGAGCCAACUCAAAACAAGCCAGAUCUUCAUCUUUUCCAGUGUGAUGAGAUUAAGGCAAACCUCAUUAGUGAAGACAUUGAGAGUGCAAUCAGUGACAGUAAAGGAGGGAAACAGAAGAGGCGGCCAGAAGCCCUGAGGAUGAUUUCCAAAGCAGACCCUGGUAUACCGCCUCCACCAAGAGCUCCUGCCCCGGUGCCCCCUGGGACCGUUACCCAGGUGGAUGUUCGUAGUCGGGUGGCAGCCUGGUCUGCAUGGGCCGCUGACCAAGGGGACUUUGAGAAACCAAGGCAGUACCAUGAGCAGGAGGAACCACCAGAGAUGAUGGCGGCCCGAAUUGACAGAGACGUGCAAAUAUUAAACCAUAUUUUGGAUGACAUUGAAUUUUUUAUCACAAAACUCCAAAAAGCAGCUGAAGCAUUUUCUGAGCUUUCUAAAAGGAAGAAAAGUAAGAAAGGUAAAAAGAAAGGACCAGGAGAGGGUGUUUUAACUCUGCGAGCAAAACCUCCCCCUCCUGAUGAGUUCAUUGACUGUUUACAAAAGUUUAAACAUGGAUUUAACCUUCUGUCCAAACUGAAGUCUCACAUCCAGAAUCCGAGUGCUGCAGAUUUGGUUCAUUUUUUAUUUACUCCAUUAAAUAUGGUGGUGCAGGCAACAGGAGGUCCUGAACUAGCCAGUUCGGUACUCAGCCCCCUACUGACUAAGGACACAAUUGAUUUCUUAAAUUAUACUGUCAACAAUGAUGAAAGACAGCUGUGGAUAUCACUGGGAGAAACUUGGAUGAAAGCCAGAGCAGAGUGGCCAAAAGAGCAGUUCAUUCCACCAUAUGUCCCACGGUUCCGCAAUGGUUGGGAGCCCCCCAUGCUGAACUUCAUGGGAGCCCCAAUGGAACAAGAUCUUUAUCAGCUGGCCGAGUCUGUGGCAAAUGUAGCAGAACAUCAGCGCAAACAGGAGACGAAAAGAUUAUCCACAGAGCAGUCCGGUGUGUCAGAGUAUCCUCCAGCAGAUGGUUAUGCGUUCAAUAACAUGUACACAAGAGGGCCCCAUCUGGACCAAGGGGAAGCAGCUGUGGCUUUUAAGCCAACUCCUAAUCGCCACGUAGAUAGAAAUUAUGAACCACUCAAAGCACAACCCAAGAAAUAUGCCAAAUCCAAGUAUGACUUUGUGGCAAGGAACAACAGUGAGCUCUCUGUUCUAAAGGAUGAUAUUUUAGAGAUCCUUGAUGAUAGAAAGCAGUGGUGGAAAGUUCGAAAUGCAAGUGGAGACUCUGGAUUUGUGCCAAAUAACAUUUUGGAUAUUGUGAGACCUCCAGAAUCAGGAUUAGGGCGUGCUGAUCCACCUUACACGCAUACCAUACAGAAACAAAGGAUGGAGUAUGGUCCCCGACCAACUGACACUCCAUCUGCUCCGUCACCUCCUCCAACACCGGCUCCUGUUCCUGUCCCGCUUCCUCCUUCCACUCCAGCACCUGUUUCUGUGCCAAAGAUCCCGGCAAAUGUCACUCGUCAGAACAGCAGUUCCAGCGACAGCGGUGGCAGCAUCGUGCGAGAUAACCAGAGACACAAACAACUUCCCGUGGACCGAAGGAAAUCUCAGAUGGAGGAAGUGCAGGACGAGCUCAUCCACAGACUGACCAUCGGUCGGAGCGCCGCCCAGAAGAAGUUCCACGUGCCACGGCAGAAUGUGCCAGUUGUCAAUAUCACGUAUGACUCCACACCAGAAGAUGUGAAGACAUGGUUACAGUCGAAGGGGUUCAGCCCUGUGACUGUCAAUAGUCUUGGAGUAUUAAAUGGUGCACAACUUUUCUCUCUCAACAAAGAGGAAUUGAGGACAGUCUGCCCUGAAGGGUCCAGAGUCUUUAGCCAAAUCACUGUACAAAAAGCUGCAUUAGAGGAUAAUAGUGGCAGCUCCGAGUUGCAAGAGAUCAUGCGAAGACGGCAGGAGAAAAUCAGUGCCGCGGCCAGUGAUUCAGGAGUGGAGUCUUUUGAUGAGGGGAGCAGUCACUAAUUUGUCUUUAAACUCCAUUUAAAUCUGUGGCAUUAUUCCAAUGUGCUUUGUUUUAAGAAGCCAUGAAGGGAAUGUCAGAUUCUUAUUUCUCGGAAUCCCUAAGUUAUGGCCAUAAAGAAACAAUGCAAACAUAAAGUAAGCAGAGGCCCAUUAUUUUUAUUAAAACUGAAUAAUUUAAAUAGAUGUUUUGCCCUCGGGGAAGAUUUUUGCCUGCUUUACCAAGGUGAGGGUUCUUUUAUUGGAUUAAUUAUUUCAACCCCUAUCUCAGUAUGUAAGCAGGCACCUUCUGACAGUGGUGAAUUUAUUUACUGCAGCAAAACAAAGGUAUUUCCCGUGAUUUAAAAUCUAAAUAAUUUAAGUUUUCCCCAUGACCCUGGUGUCUGUCAUUCAGAGCAUAGCUUACUUUAGAGUAGCCUCUGCUUACUGAGGUCUCUUCUUUGACAUACUCAAUGAUAGAAUAUUUAGAUUUAUUUAAAGUUCUUCAUGCCAACCGUUUUUGUUUUUGUUUUUGUUUUUUAAAUCAAAACAUUUAAUGAACUGUAGAAUACAACAAGGCCUUGGACAUGCAAAUACAGAUUUAUGGAGCAUUUCCAAGACAAGUCACUUGUCAUGGCUCUGUUGAUCACAAUUCCUUGUAUGGCCUGUAUUUUGAUUUAGUUUAUGUUCCGCUUAUUAUCUAUACUGUGUUCUUAUAUAUGAGAAAGCACAAGUGGAAGAGAGGUCAGAUGCAGUCAAAAUGCGUCCCAGAAGGUAGCCCGCAUUGGUGUGCGUUACAGUGUUUUCCUUAAUGAAGGCCUCAGUUCUGAAUAUUGAUAAGAGUAGUUAAAUGGAUAUUGGGGCCACUUCAUGUGUUUAUCUGUGUCAAGUUUUUCUGGUAAUAAGAAACACUUAAUUUACACAUAUUUUAAUCCUGUGAAAGAUUCUAGAUAGAGAAAAGAAAGAUACUUAACCUUCAACAAAUGUUAUUUUUGGAAACACAAUUUUUGUCAUUAAAUGUUAUAUUAUUUCACAUAUAUAAAACAGAUGUUAUGUAAGAAUGUUGUAUAUUUUAACAUAAAUCCAUUUAGAGAGAUUAUCUAGAUUCAUUAAUUUUCAUAGUGCCUUUUUCACAUGAGUCAGCUGGAGAGUCUGCAAUAAACAGUAUUUGCUGUAUGGUAAUAAA